UUUGUAAACGACCUUUUAAGAUGCAGUUUCACGUGCUUCCGGUUUAUCGAUCGAACCGGUAAGAACAUAGUAGUUUGGAUUUAACAAACGGGAGCAAAGUGGUUUUUGAUUUUGCUAUUAUUACAUUGAAGAAACACUUAAUACUUUACUGUAAAUAUGAAUUCACUUACAUCUGAAUCCCUGACUGAUAAAGAAAAGAGUGAUCUUAUGCAACAAAUUAAACAAGAAGUUGCCGUUGCAAAUGCACAAGAAAUGCUUUCGAAAAUGUCAGAAAAAUGCUUUAAAAAAUGCGUGAUUAGGCCCGGUACUUCUCUGGAUAAUACCGAACAGAAAUGUGUAGCAAUGUGUAUGGAUCGAUAUAUGGAUGCAUUUCAUCUUGUAUCAAAAACGUACAGUGCUCGAAUACAGAGAGAGCAUGACAGAAUGUAACAGUACAAAUUGUUAAAUAAAUUGUUUCUGGUUGUACAUUGUGUAAUUGUAUACCAACUAUUUUCCAAAUAUUGUUUAGGAAAUAUUAUAACUGUAAUUAUUAUGUAUAUUUAUUAGCAAAUCUAUGUCAUUUAUAAAUAUUGAAUAAUUUUGUAUAUAAUGUUAUUACUUCUGAUUAAGUUUCAAGACAGAAUAGAUUUUUACAUUUGUAACAUUUUAAAAGUUAGAAACCCAAUUUUAAUAUUACACAGUGACAUUACACUGCCACCUGUAUUUCCAAAGCGUUAACAAAUAAAUAGAGAUGAUUAAAU